CAGGUGGGCCCUCAACCGCUGAUCGGCUUUCUAUCCCCCAUAAAACCGAUUCUGGUGAUGCUUUUCACCGUAGUCUCCACUCUGCCAUCGUAAACAGAACGGAUUUCUCUCAAGCCCGUCGAUAUGUGGGAGCGAGAGCGCGACUGCGAUGGGGAAAGCUCGAUGGUUGGAGCAGUUGUUCCGGCGGUGAAGUCCUUGGACCCGAGCGGCUGUCGCCGGGACGGCGCAGCGCCGUCGGGUAUGGAGCCCGAGCUUGACAGAGAGCUGCUAUGUCCGAUAUGUAUACAAAUCAUCAAAGAUGCAUUUCUGACUGCCUGUGGCCAUAGCUUCUGCUACAUGUGCAUCAUCACUCAUCUCCAUAACAAGAGCGACUGCCCUUGCUGCUCCCAUUACCUCACCACCGCCCAGCUCUACCCCAACUUCAUCCUCGACAAGCUAUUGAAAAAGACAUCCACGCAUCAAAUUUCAAAGACUUCGUCUCCUGUGGAUCAAUUUCGUCAUUCAUUGGAUCAGACAGGGUUGGGAAGUUUCAAUUAAAGAGCUCGAUGUUCUAUUGUCAAUUUUGGCUCAAAAAAAGAGAAAACUGGAACAGGAGGAAGCAGAACGGAAUAUGCAGAUUCUACUUGAGUUUCUACACAUGUUAAAGAAGAAAAAAGUUGAUGAGCUCAAUGAGAUAAAAACUGACCUCCGGUACAUUAAAGAGGAUGUAACUGCUGUGGAGAGACAUAGAAUAGAGCUGUACCAGGCAAGGGACAAGUAUUCAACGAAAGUGCGAAUGCUUGCCAAUGAUCCCUUGGGGGCACAAUCUCGGUCUUCAUCGGUUGAUAGGAAUACAUUUGGUCUUUUCCCAUCUUCCCGUGCUGCACAUGGAGGAAUAUCAUCUGGAAAAUUGGUGUCCCAAAAAAAGGAUGGGGACCAAAGGAAGGAUGUUUCUGUCACUGAAUUGAAUUCACAACACAUGAGCCAAUCUGGCUUGGUCGUCGUAAGGAAAAAACGUGUUCAUGCACAGUUCAAUGACCUGCAAGAAUUUUACUUGCAAAAGAGACGUCAGAUGGAAAACCAGUUACAAGACAAAGACGGGAGUGACCAAAACGUUACGAGAAGAGAAGGUUACAAUGCAGGUCUGACAGAUUUUCAGUCUGUACUGAGUACAUUCACACGUUAUAGUCGACUACGAGUUAUUGCUGAGGUAAGGCAUGGAGAUAUUUUUCACUCGGCUAAUAUCGUUUCAAGCAUAGAAUUUGACCGAGAUGACGAAUUCUUUGCUACUGCUGGAGUUUCACGACGCAUCAAAGUAUUUGAUUUCUCUUCGGUCGUGAAUGAACCUGCAGAUUUGCACUGUCCUGUUGUGGAGAUGUCAACGCGGUCCAAACUUAGCUGCCUGAGCUGGAACAAGUACACUAAAAACCACAUUGCUAGUAGUGAUUAUGAUGGAAUAGUGACGAUUUGGGAUGUCACGACAAGACAAAGUGUGAUGGAAUAUGAAGAACAUGAGAAACGGGCGUGGUGUGUUGAUUUUUCUAGAACAGAUCCCUCAAUGCUUGUAUCUGGAAGUGAUGAUUGUAAGGUAAAAGUCUGGUGUACUAAGCAAGAUACAAGUGUGAUAAAUAUUGGCACAAAGGCAAAUAUAUGCUGUGUGAAAUAUAAUCCGGGAUCUAGUUAUCAUGUUGCGGUUGGAUCAGCAGAUCACAACAUCCAUUAUUAUGACUUGAGAAACACCACCCAUCCAGUCAAUAUUUUCAGCGGCCACAAAAAAGCAGUCUCGUACGUUAAAUUCUUGUCCAACCAUGAGCUUGCAUCAGCAUCAACUGACAGUACUCUUCGGCUAUGGGAUGUUAAACAAAACUCCCCUGUCCGUGUUUUUAGAGGGCAUACAAAUGAGAAAAAUUUUGUUGGUUUGACAGUGAAUAACGAGUUCAUCUCUUGCGGGAGUGAAACCAAUGAAGUCUUUGUUUACCACAAGGCAAUCAAGAAUCCAGUGACUUGGCAUAGGUUUGGUACCCCCGAGCUGGAGGGUGAGGACGAAGACAUGGCAUCUUUCUUCAUCAGUGCGGUAUGCUGGAAGAGUGACAGUCUUACAAUGUUAGCUGCUAACAGCCAGGGAAACAUCAAAGUUUUGGUGCUCGCUGGCUGAUCACCACCCCAACCAUCAUCCUUGUACUAGUAAUAAUUAUAGUAGUUAUUCUCCACAGCUUUGAUGCAUGGAAGCGCGCAAUAAUGCGAUUUCUCACAAAAGUUUCUGUGCAUUGGCUCCAAGUGAAGUCGAGUUCAGUAUUAUUUUGUAGAUGCAGUGAGGGAGGCCAAACCGAUAUUCUAAUUUCGAAGAUAGAAAACUUGUUUAGAAUUUGAUCCCAUUGUAGGCAAGUUUAAUUUCCUUAUUAUUCAUUAGUUUUUCCCGGAUGCACAGAUCUUUUACUCCGUUAUAACUUUUGAAUAGAAACAAAUGCUAAUAAAUCUGUUAUUAAAAGAAAUGACAUAUAGGGCCC